CUAUAUUUCAUGUAUCCGUACCACCUCAAUCUUUCCAGAUACUCGCCAAAAGUAACUGUAGUUCAAAAACUUACGUUUUGCCUUGGUUUGGCCAAUCCAACAAGAUGCAUGUCUCAAUCCUUUCCCGCGUGCUAAUCUUGUUCCUGCUUCAUGUCCUUCCCAUUGCUACAGAACAUGUCCUUCCGCCUCAAAGACCUCUCCAAAAGAGCGACACUGCGGCCACGGUCAAAAAAACGCACCGUGUCGCCAUCAUCGGUGCAGGUCCCGGUGGUUCCUCUGCCAGUUAUCAUCUCGACAAGUUCUCUCGAUUGUCCUCACUCGACACUCCGCUCGACAUCACCAUCUUCGACACGAACCCGUACAUAGGUGGCCGCACCACGACCGUGAAUGCCCUCGAAGACCCGCGCUACCCCGUCGAGCUGGGUGCCAGCAUCUUUGUCGAGAUCAACCACAUCCUCUACAAUGCCACGCGAGACUUUGACCUCACUCCCUCCCUCAAAAUCUACCAAGCCACACCGACCGCGAAGUACGAGCUGGGCAUCUGGGAUGGGGUCGAGUUCGUCUUCAAGACCGUUAGGGAAGACGACGACGGCGGCAGCUCCUCCUGGCGGGGGUGGUGGGACAUUGCAAAAUUGUUGUGGAAAUACGGACUCAGUCCGAUCCGCACGCAGCGCGCGACAAAGGCGGCAAUCUCUUCGUUUUUGAGGUUCUACGACGACUAUUUUCCCUUUACCAGUCUACAAGAUGCGGUCAUGAAGACGGGAUUGGAUACGUACACGGGCGCAACGGGGAAAGAGGUGCUCGAGAACGCGGGUGUCGGUGGACGAUUCGCCCGCGAAAUCAUUCAAGCCAGCACCCGCGUCAACUAUGCAAGCAAUCUCGGUGGCAUCCACGGACUCGAGACACUGGUCUGCAUGGCGAUCGAAGGUGCGAUGGCUGUCCACGGCGGCAAUUGGCAGAUUUUUGAUACCAUGGUCAAGAAUUCUGCGCAGAGAGCGUUUCUCAACACCAGCGUCACGCAUGUCGAACGUACGUCCAAGGGAACCUAUCUUUUACAGACCGACAAUGAAGAACUAAAGUCGGCUGGGACUGGGGAGCAGGAGGUUGAUUUUGACACGGUCAUCCUCGCGGCGCCGUAUCAGUUUGCCAACAUCUCAUUCACGCCCCAAUUACUCAGCCCGCCAGACAAAAUCCCGUAUGUGUCGUUGUAUGUUACGCUGUUCACGUCCCCGCACAGGCCGAUGCCGGCCUUCUUUGGUCUCGGUGAUGACGAGCAAGACGACGUGCCUAGUUCGAUCAUCACAACGUUGCCUGAAGACUUGAAUGAGCGACUCGGCUCUCGACACGGUGUGGAAGCCGUGGGGCCAUCCGGGUUCUGGUCGAUCAGUACAUUGAAAGUAUUGCAUCCCGAAAGUGAUGGGCGUUUUGCCGGACCUAUGAGUGAGUUUGACAGUUCAACUGAGGAGACUGAGGAGUCGACGCAGUACCUGUACAAGAUAUUUUCUCCUGCUCCAUUGACGGGAUCGUUCCUGUCUGAGCUUCUUGGUUUCGAGUACAGGCCUCCGUCGGAUGAUGACGAAGAAGACAGUCUUGGAUCUCUUCCGAAAAAGGAUGUGAGUUGGUUCUAUGAGAAAAUGUGGCAUAGUUAUCCUUAUGAAUUGCCGAGGACGGCCUUUGUCAACUUUACACUACAGAUGGAUGAGGAUCAGGAUAGAGGCUUAUACUAUCUUUCUGGUAUGGAAAGUUUUAUUUCGACAAUGGAGACAUCGGCGUUGGCCGGGAUGAAUGUUGCCAAAUUGAUUGUCGAAGGGUUGAAAACUCGUGAAUCAUGAGGAGAGGUGGUGACUUUUGAGGACUUUUGCUCGGCAUCACUUGGAUGUUUUGAAGCCUGCGCUUGUCACUGCUCGAUAUUUCAGAGACAAAAGGACUCAUGUCGGAAGGGUGAAAUGAACCCAAUGACAGCCCAAGUCUCAUCAUUGACUUUUUGUUCUUGAG